UCCAUGACUUUGUACGACAAAGUUAGAGCUUCUAUUUUUUACCAAUUCAGCAUGUGCUUUGUAAAAUAAAGCUAAGCACCGUAAGCUUGGGCUUAGGCUGUUCCCUUCUUUCCUUUCCUUUCCUAUUUUCAUCUCGCGCUAGAUUCUCGUAUUGAUGUUGGGCCGUAAGAUCUCUGACAGGAACGUACUCAAUCACACUGACGAGUAUGAUGAGCAGUACAGUUCAUCAGCUCAUAUCAAUGAAAUCCGUGGUCUAGCGCUACAUGGUCGAAGAAACAGACAGAUGACGAAUGCAAAUAAGAGCCGCAUCAUGGCACCACUGAGAUCGCUUCAGCGGUAUACAAGAUACUUUCGACGAAAUUUACCAAAAAAUUGGCUGCCUGAACCAACCCGAGCCUCAGGCUGGCCACUUAUCAACUUUGCUGUCCGCACCUAUACCAAUCUUUUUUUGACAUUCUUGUUUGACUAUUCCAUGCUGUUUGUCUCACCAGUCAAUGCUAUCAUGGUCCUUACCGUUUAUCCUUUCAUGAUCUUACUGCUGAUUACGGUGGAAGUGUCACUGAAGAUAUUCCUGGACUUUCUCGGUGGCCAAGAGCUUGUCACGUAUUUGAGCUUACGAUACGGUGGAGGACUCUCACCGGUUAAUUGGGCUACGCCGCACUUAUUCCAUACGCAGGGAAAUGUAGACCUUAUGUUGGCCACCAUCCCUACUCUCGGCGAAGCGCCAUCCGACACCCGAUCGCCCUCGGCUACCCAUGUUCGGUACUUCGAUAUUUCAAAGGCCGAAGUAAUGAUGUUAUUAUCUGCUUUGAUCUAUGAACGAGAUGCGAGCAAGGUCAAGGAGGCUUAUCAAAUGUAUGCUGAUGAUAAUGAUUCUGAAUUAAAAGACGAAGAAAAAGAAGCAAGAGAAAACAAGAUGCACGUUCUUCUCUGGGAGUCAGAGAAGCGAGUUCGUCAAAUUGCACGUCGUUGGGGAUUGCAUUUUGCUGGCGUAUCUGAGCUUAAGUCUCUCGGAGGACCAUUUUGCGGUAUGUUCUGGUCCACGGAACACAACUGCAUUAUUGUGACCUUGAAAGGCACUACCAUUGACAACUACGAAGAAAUCAUGUUGGAUGCUGCCAUUCAGCGCACUGAUGCCCGGCCCUUCCUUUUCGGGUCAUGUCAUCAGGGAUUCUACGAGUCUGUGUUCCCAAGCUCAGGUGGAUUUGCAAAUGAUACCAGAGACCCUUACGGUACCAUAUUGGAAGCAUUGCACGAACGAGCCAGGAAAAUCCAAAAUCAUAGAAAUUCCACUGACCCGGUUAACAUUUGGGUCACUGGGCAUUCGUUAGGUUCAGCCAUGUCCUGCCUGAUAUUUGCUAGAUGGCUUCGUUGCUCAGAGGAUAUGGACGCUAAGCUGUGCGUCUUGAGAGAUGCAUAUACCAUUGGUACCCCAGCAGUGGGAGACAACGAUUUUGCUGCAGGCUUUGCGUCUUAUACCAACACACCCUAUUCAAGAACCUCGACAUUGUGGCGUAUCAUCAACAAGAAGGAUAUCUUCACUAGAUUGCCUAUUGGCACCGACAAUCCGAUCAUUGGAAGACAUUUUACCCGCAACGACUUUUUCAACUACUCGCAUGUUGGCCAAGCCAUCGAGCUUUUGUCCAUGUGGCACGAAGAACCAGCUAAAAUCUAUCCAUCCACUUAUCAACCCAGCUUGAAAGUUCAGGUGGUGCUAGGUGGCUACAAUACGUCCAAGUCAGCCAACAUCAUCCAUGGACAAGAGCGCUUCACAGAAGAUGAAGAGGCUUAUAAUGUAUCAUCACCCACUGCGACGGAUUCAUCCAUGUCUUCACGAUCUGGCUCGCAAAUUUUGCAACUGACCAAGAUUAAGCGACGAAGUGCCAGUGACUACCAGCCAGCGGAAACAUACAAGCCCAUUCCCGUCCUGAUACGCCAGUUAGACGAAAGGGGAAUGUUUGACAAAUUGGACACUUGGCUGAACGGAAAAAAUCCAAUUCAGCUGAUUGAGGCUCUCUAUCCCUUUUUCUUCAUGGAUCAUAUUCCACAUGAGUACUAUACAGCAUUGCAAAGACUGAGGCACUAUCAUGAACAGGACAAUGAAAAGAUGGCUGUCACCAAACCAAAAACAACUUGAGUGAUCCUCCAGUACUAUUCCCUUUCUAUUUUGCAUUUAUCACCUUCGACCCAUCCUCCGCAUAAUUAUGAUAUUUAAGAUGUUUCUAUUACAACGAGUUCGCUGAACAGCCAUGGGUUGUUACAGCAUGAAACGAAUAAAUUAAAGCUAAUGCUCGUAAAGAAAAGAAGACAAAGAAAAACAAGAGAACCAAUACAGUGUUAGGAUGGAUUAUAUGCAG